CAAUGGGCAGCCGUCAAGUACUAAAUUUAAACGAAAGCGAUAAAUUUUCCAUCGGCUUCAGGGAACUAGUACAAACUGCCCGAGCAGGAGGGCAGUGACACGAACAGCGUGGAUAGAAUGGGAUCAGGCACGCUGUGUGGUAGCGAGGUCCUCUAGCUCUGCCCUGCCAAGCAAGCAGCACUUGUCCUUGUUCACCGACACACACACAAAAAAGAAAAAAACUCCGCUCCGUUUUGCCUCCUCUUCUUCCAAACAAACUAAAAUUUGCAGGGGCUUCUAAUCUUGGACUUCAUUUUUGUUUCUUGGACUCUUCUUCUUAUUAGGUUGCAUCCUCUGGCGCUGAUUGGAGGCCGGCCGCCAUGGAUGAGGUCCCAGGAAGAAGUGGCUCGGUGAGGGCUACAAGGAGCAUAUUUGGCGAAAGCAUCGGUGGGAGGAAGCCGGAGAAGAACAGAGCAAGGAAUGUUCUAGCACAAGAGAAUUUUUCAUCGGAAAUCAAGCAACUAGCAAAAUCCGGCAUGGAUAGGCUGAACGAGCGCAAGGCGGCUGUGGAUAAGGAGAGAGCCGGCGCCGAGUCCGAGCUGUCAAGGGCGCGCGCCAUGGCGAAGGAGUUGGAGCGCGAAAUCGAACAGACCAAGGCCAGAGCAACGUCCAAGAGAUCAGAGCUCCACACAAUGUGGGCAACCAGGGCAAGCAAGGAGGGCACGGAUGCGUCGAACUUGCAAGAGGAGGGCGACGCUGCUGAGUACGCGGAGGUGGUGCAGGAGCUGGACCGUGCCAAGCAGGAGCUGCGCAAGCUGCGGCUGGAGGUGAAGUCCGCGGCGGAGGCCAAGGCCAAGGCCGAGAGCGACAUCGUGGCGUCAGCGAUCAAGAUCCAGUCGAACCUGCGCGCCACCGACGAGAUGAAGCGGCGGGUCGACGAGGCGAACGAGGAGCACGUCCUGGUGGAGCUCGCGCGCAUUGAGGCCGAGCGGGAGCGCCGCGAGAUCGACGCCCAGCGACGCGCCGAGGCCGAGCGGUACGCCAGGGACAUGGAGGCCACGAGGGCCAAGAUCGAGGCGCUGCAGAAGGACGUGGGUCGCACGAGGGAGAUGGAGGCGAAGCUCGCCGUGACGAACGCCGACGUGGAGGUCCUGCAGGCCGAGAUGGAGCUGGUGCGCGCCAUGGAGAGGAACAGUACCAAGAACGACGAAACAACGGAGGCUGUGGCGAGGCGGAAGAAAGAAGAGGCGCAAGACAAGGCGUUGCUUCAGGCUGCGGAGGCCGAGCUGGACGCGGCCAAGAAAGAGCUGGAGAGCAUCAAGGCGGGGGGCUUCCAGUUCAUGACGUCAAUGGACAGCACGCGCACCGAGAUUAUGCGAGUCGCCGAGGAGGUCAACCGGCUCAAGGCGCAGGAGAAGAAGGAGGACGCGCAGGUGCAGCAACUGAACGCCAAGCUGCUGAAGGCGAGGGCCCGGAUGGAGGCCGUCAAGGCGGCCGGCGAGCGGUCCAAGGCGAUCGUAUCCAAUCUGACGUCGGCACUGCAGCAGCUGCAAGCAGAGACCGAGGCAGCUAGGAAGGAGGAGGAGCUGACCGAGCUUGAGCAACGCUGCCUGAGAGCAGAGACCGAGAACGUCAAUGCCGAGAUCGCCGCGACCGACGCACGUACUCGGAAGUCGGUGAAGGAGCUCGAGGCGGCGAAGGCGUCGGAGGCCGCCGCGAUGAAUAAGCUGAAGGCCGCCGUGGAGAGCACAAUACAGGUGAGGGCUUCGCAGGGAUCGGGGACAAUAACUAUCUCGCGGUUCGAGUACGAGUACUUGAGCGGGCGCGCGGCGCUGGUUCGGGUGGUGGCCGACAAGAAGGUGGCCGCGGCGCAGGCGUGGGUGCAGGCGCUGAAGGCCGGCGAGAAUGAGGUGGCGGAGCGCGUGGAGGCCAUCGAGCGGCAGACCAGGGAGAUGGCCUCCAGAGAGGCGCAGGUUGCGGCAGAGCUGGAGAGGGCGGCGGCCGAGCAGAAGGCGCUGGAGCAGGAGCUGUACGACCUGAACGCAGCGGCGGAGCGGGACGGACUGCAGUGCGCGUACCCGCGGCGGCGGUCGAGCCGUGUGUCGGCGACGAUGAGGCGUGCGAGGGCACGACGGUCGUCGGUGUCGUCAUCAGCGGGGAUCCGGAACCCGCGGUCGCCGUCGUUCACCAUCAAGCGGAAGAGGAAGGUGAUGCCCAAUCUCCUGAAGCUCAUCAGGGCGAAGAGAGACGCCAAGGGCACAAACUGAGGUGAGCCGUGAGCCGCACAGAACUGUGCAUCAUCAGCAUGCCGCUUUGGCCGCUGCUGCCUGCCGGUUGAUGGCUUGCAUCUGUUCGCUUCUUAUACAUGUUGCUGCAACGCAAUUGUGCAAGAACUAGUGCAGUAUGGACCUCCUAUAUGAUCUUCUGCAUGUACAGCAUAGUUCUGUUCUUGUGUGACUUGCUGUGUUUGUAAGCUUACAGUCAUUUGUAAGUGCGUUCGAGCUUGGACCAGAGACAUAAAAGGCUAUACAGCAUUUCAAUCGCUCGUUUGUA